AUGUUCUUCACCCGUCCAUUGCUGCAGGCGGCCAAGAAGGCCUCCACUGGUCUUACCGGCAUUCCCGUUCAUCCCAACCCACGCCCACACCUCAUUCAAACAUACAACAAGACACUCACCGCUUUGUCGCGUCUUCCAGCAAGCGCUGUCUACCGCCAAGCAACUGAAUCGAUGACUCAGCACCGUCUUGCCAUUGUUGAAGGCAAUGAGGACGUGUCCGAGAUUGAAAAGACUAUCGACAAUGGUCAGAUCGAGGAACUCAUUAUCCAAGCUGAAGAAGAACUCAAGCUCGUUGGCAAGAUGGAGGAAUGGAAGCCUUGGGAACCUCUUGAAGUCCCUGUUCCUAAGGGUCAAUGGGUUUACAGCCGUGGCGAGUAA